GGCGCCGCUGCUUGUUAGCUUGUUGAAUUGAUCAGGAGCAUGGCAAACACCAGCCAGCUCGGCCCCGUAGUGGUGCGCGUCGGAACUUGGUGCGGUGCGGGCGGCGCCGGUGGUGUUUGUGUUGCGGAUUUUGCCGCGCAAGCCCUGCACCAACCCGCAGGGGCCUCGGGUCUUCCUUUCCGGGCGCUUUCUGUUCAAUCCGCCCGCGCCUGGGUUUCUCUGUAUCGACGGCGCGGCCCGUGGCGCUAGUGGGGCUUCGAGUGCGACUUGGCGCAGGUAGCGCCCGCUCGAGGGUGGUCAGCCCCCCCAAAAAGCGAUGACAAACGACAAGCGGGGCAAAGGAAGGCGCCAGCGCCCGAGAAAAGCGCAAGGGCCCGGGCGCCGUCGGGGGGCCGGGGCGCGGCCCCGUCUGUCUCUUUUAGGGCCCGGCGCCGUAGCCCGGUGGCCUGCCAUUGCGUGGUGCUUGGCGGGCCGGGGGAGCCCGCUCGUACGUAGGCUGCCCCGCUUGUGGCUUUCUUGCCAGCCCUCCGCCCGAGUCGCUUGGGUGGGUCGCAUGGGCACCCCGUCCGAGCCGUUUGGGUGGCCCCCGCCCGCCCGUCGUUGGCCCGGUCUGCACCCCGGGGGCCUAGUGGGUUUGUCAUUGAUUUGGAGCUCCGACGCCCCCCUGGCUUUGUUGUUUUCCCCGCCGGGUGGUGACACGCGCAUAGAAGCGGCCGCUCCGGCCAAUUCGAUCGUCUGCGCAUCAUCCGGCAUGGCGGCAGGUGUGCAUAGAUUUGCGCCUCGUUGUCUAUGGUCGCAGCGACCACGCUUGUGCCGUCUUCAGGGGGGCAGCCUAGGGGGAACGCUUUUUCGCGCUUGCGAAUGAUGCCGCGGUCCGGCCGCCCGACCGAUUCAUCAUUCCCCGAAGGAGGGCGCGCGCGCCUGUGGUUGUCGCAAUGGAAGAAGUAUCUGCAUCCUCUCUACUUCUGUGUUAUAGCUCUUAUCGCGUUUAUGUUCGUG